CUUAGAUUGAUUAACUAAAUGGCGAUUGCUGACCGCUAGACUCUUUUCCUCCGCUUUGUUUUGAUCGUUGCACAAUCUGCAUCUGAGCCAUUGAUAGCAGAAACCCUCGAUGAACAGUGGAAAGAUGCGAUUGAAUUUUAGCGAGCCACCGACGCCUACGCUGAGUCGUCAAAACACUGGUCUUCUCAACGGCCAUCAACAUCCUCAUCAUCAUCGCCAGGGCACGCACCCGCAUCUGCUGUCGGCUCGGAGGAAACCUCGAAGAUGGCCUUUAGUUCUUCGGUUCGUCAAAGGCGCCAUCCACGGCGCCAUCCUACUGUCGGUCACUCUACAUGCGGUCUUUUCGGCAUUUGUUGUCUGUCUGGACCUGUAUAUCUUUGAUACCGUCGGGCUUCCAAAUAGCAUUAUCCCCUCUCUCUCCAUCGUCGUCGGCCUGAUGCUAGUCUUCCGCAACCAAACAUCGUACAGUCGAUUCUGGGAUGGUCGCAACGCCAUGAACACCCUCUAUACGUGUAUCCGAAACCUGGUGCGCACCAUCAUCACGCACGGAUACAGCAGCAAAGGGCCACCCUCUGCCGCUGAAAAAGAGGACAUCGAGCGCACCAUUCGCAUCCUCAUGGCGAUUCCCUACGCCGUCAAGAACCACCUCCGCGCCGAAUGGGGCGCUGCCUGGGCUCUUGGGAACGAUGUCGGCGAGGACGGCAUCGCCGCGUAUAAUCACGACUAUGCGAGUUUAUUGCCUGCGGGACUGGAAGGACAUGAAGAUGAAGGGUUGGGGUUGCCGUUCCAGUUGAGCUUCUUCGUGGACGGGUUCAUCAAGAGAGGUGUUGAUCGCGGCUGGUUCAAUGCCCCUGGUGCGAGUCAGAUGCAGGCGCAGUUGAAUACCCUGAUGGACGCGUAUGGGAAGAUGGAGACGAUCGGGUUGACGCCGAUUCCGGUAGCGCAUCUAAUCCACCAGAAACAAGUCCUCGCGCUCUUCGGCUGCGUCCUUCCCUUCGGAAUGGUCGACGACAUGGGCUGGUGGACCGUCCCCAUCGUCAGCCUCGUGAUCUUCACCCUCUACGGCAUCGAGGGCAUCGGCUCGCAGCUCGAAGACCCCUUCGGCUACGACCGCAACGACAUCAAGAUGGACGCCAUCGUCGGCGACGCCAAGACCGAGAUCGACGUCGUGCUGUCCGAAUGGCGUCGAAUGAUGCGAUUCGUCGAGUUGGGGUCUGGCGAUCAGGCGGCUGGUGUAGCGAAUGAGACUGGGGUUGUCAAUGACGCGGCGUUCGUGCCGCCGGAUAUGUUUUUGAAGGCGAGGCCGAGGACGGCGAGGGGGUAUUAGAUAGCUGUCUUUGAUAGGGUAGACGUGAGUCAGUGUAUAGUAUGAGG